UCAUAUAUGUGAAAUUCAUUGUUUGCACGCCGAUGGACCGAGGUUUACACACACAUCUCUAGUCGGAUCAAUCAGCAUGUUCACCAGAGGGGUUGGUCAUGCGUAUUUGGAAGUCUGUUCAGUCAUUCCCAGUCAUAUUUAGGACAAAGCAUUCGCAAUUGAUUAAACCUAACAGAUAAGAAACACAUUUAGUCUGUAAUAAAAGAGCAUGCAAUGACGAUUCUGUGUGCAUCUGCUGAAGAAAACGAAGCUCAGGUGAUAUCUGCGUCCAUAAAUACGGCUAUCAAGCGCCAGACAGGACCACACUGCAUAUUCAAAUGUGCUUAGAUUGGCUAUGGCAGGUUACAAAGUACAAAGCGACAGACAAGCUCUGAUUCUGUCCCUUUUCACGCACCGGCCUCUUAUUAUCUCACUGCCCUUCUAACUCUUCGCGCACUCUAUUUUCCAUCCAUUCAUUUUUACAGUCCCUCUUUCCCAAGAGAGCAGGCACCUCACCAAUCCUGAAGAUUCUCUCAAGUCAAAAUCCGUAUGCAUAUCAAACAUAUGGACGUUUUAUUUUGUAACUUUUCAUUUGUCACUUCUGUUUUCCGUCGCACGUGACGGAAGUUAGUUCCUGCGAACGUGUAGUCCUGCUUACUAUUUCAUAUAUCUCUCCAUUUGCGCGUCAGCAAUAUAAAAAUGUAUGCUUUUAAACCUAGAACGUACAUUUAGGCUAUGCGAGCACACACACGGACACCCACGCGCUAUCCACGCACAUACAGCAGCAACUGUCACGUCUAGCCUAUAUUAUUGCACGAGGCCAGAGUGUUUAAUACUGCUAUUGUUUGUAUAAUGCAUUCAUAGCCGUAUUUGAUAAUGCUUCAGUGCAAUGGAUUUCAUAGAGGCUAGGUGUGUUUCCUUGAAACUCCCAAUGCGAGUUCCAUACUGACUGCAUGCUCUCCAACAUGUUCUCUAUAAUAGGCUAUGGCAUGAGAUGGAAAUAAAAUAAAAUACAACAUUUAUUAUAUUCUAUAUAUUUAUUAAAACAACAUAUUUUUUACUGGAAUGUUAUUAAACUGGAAUAGUACAUUUCUUCUGAUAAUAAUUAUCAGAAUUAUUUAUUCUGUAGCACGUUUAUGACAACUUCAGUACUUAAUCCUAAAAUAUUAUACACACAAUAAUCAAUUAUAAUCGUGCAGAACACAAUAAACAUGCAAUUAUUAUUAUUUAUUUAUUUUUACAUACAAAUGCUACAUAUUGCCUAAUGCGAGAGUAAAUGAUAGCACGGAAUUUGGCAUCAUGUAUUCUGAGAAACAAUUCGGAAAAACACAAUGUCUUAAAAGAAAAAGAGAGAGAGAUAGAGAGAGAGAGAAAAGAAAGUUACAAAAAAAUGUAUUUAUAUAUGAAAAAUAUAUGAUCAUUUUCCAAUAAACAUUAUGCAAUCGAUAAAAACAGGUAUUUGGCCCCUUAGAGUUGUCAAAAGCGAAAGUAGUCAUUGAGAGGGAGAAAUGAAUUGUCAUUUCUUUAGUGAGAAUCAACAAUAGAAUUAUCAUGAGAAAGGACACUGGCCUGGGCUCAAAGGUCGGAACUGGGAUACACGCUUUUGAUUCGGGAAGAGGGCGUUUUAAAUGACCACCAAAAGCAGGAGAAUUGUUUUGGGGCAAAGUGAAAAAAGCAAACCUGUGGAGAAACCCACCGAUCUAUACUACAGUUGUUACUAUUGAUCAAAUGUCACCUCUUUGAACGCACGCGCUUGAAAGUUACACUACUUAUCGAGAAUUAUUAAAAAAGCACACAGCAUGUAACGCGUAUCGUGUCAUUUUAUUGCCUCUGACUGUUUAAGGAGAGAUUUACAUGUUAUUUAAAUCUCUAACUAGCUUAAAUAAACAUGACUUGUGUUCAGAUGCUGUUUAAAUUCUCUUUAAAUCGUAAUAACACAUGAAAGACAACACAUUGAGCUGUUUAUUGCUAUAACAUUAGGUAAAGUAAGAUAAGUGCAGGAAGGAAAAUGUUCAUUAAAGAACUUGUUUUUUUUUUACAUUGCACUCUCUCCCUCUCUUCACCUACUGUCUGUGAGUGUGUGAGAGUGAGGAGAGAGAGAUAGAAACAGAAAAAAGAACAUUUCAUAGCCUAUAUUAAAAUUGUUCAAAAAAUCUAUACAGUGUUUUUUGGUUCACCUUUCUAUCGAGUCUACUCUUAAAGAUUAUAUCUAAAGAAGCAUCUCUUAUCAUAUAUUGCUGAUCGUCUCAAAGUGAAUAAAAUACGUAAGCUACAUCGCGUUUGGAUCUGACAGGAAUUAUAUAGAUUUGUCCAGAAAAGCUAAAAAGAGGGAAGUAGUUGUUUUUGCACUGUCUAGUUUUUGCACAGUUUUUCCUCGCAUUCGGUUGCAAUGUCUUGAUUCUUCCUCGUGCACUCAUCUCAAGAUCCAGCAUGAGGGGACAGACCGUGAACGUAAAUACAGGCAGUAUAUCGAGGUGUUACUACGACAGAUAAAAGUCCAACUUCAUUUAUUACACCUAAAAAUUAUAAUACUUAAUAACGGUUUUACAAAUGUUAUGUUACAUGCAUAAUGUGUAGUUUUCAGAAACAGUUUAGAUUUACUUCAGAAAAUGACAAAACUAAAAAAUACAGAUAUAAUCCUAUAUCACGUAACGUGCAUGCUGAAAUUAUAACAUUUAACACCGCACAGUGUUUUAAUAGUUCCUGUGUGCAUCUAUACAGUAGUCCAAAAGCUCAUCUUUAUAACUAGAUUAAAAAAAAAUAAUAGCCUAAUAAUAAAGGCGUUUAUUAUUACCGUGUAUAUUAUAGCCUACUUCUUGUCAGUAGCUACUGUUCUCGGCAUGCUUUAAAGUUUGUUGUUCACCAUAAGUGCAUAUACACUAAAACAUACUAAAAUAUUUAGUUUAAUUAACAUUUGCACUGAUAAAGCUUCAGAAAGAGUGAUCCGUUAUGUUAUUGUUAAAGCUGUCUUUGUUUCACUUUUGCCUGUUCUAAAAGAAAAAAAAAAAUCUAAACAGUGUUAACCCAGUCAUAAGAUUUUUGUUUUAUUAAAUGCGAGGCAAGGAAAGUGUGACGAACUUGUUGGGUUUGUAAGCGCUCUAAAGUUGGUGUUUUCGAGGUUCUAAGUGCUUUAUUUCAUUUCUUAAACAUACUUGUUUUGAUUCCUAAAUCUAAAACUAGCGUCUUCCGAGCAAAUAACACCGGCGCGUAAACACUGUGCAGCGGGGCUCCGCGCGCGCCUCUCCACUAUUAACUUUCAGUGUCUUCCUUCUCAUCCAACUCUUACUUUGUGCUGUACUUAAUUCCAUAUUUUCAAUUCCCGAUCACUACUUUCCUCUUUCUCGUUCUCCAUCUAUCCAUCCAUCCCUCCCUCCCUCCUCUAUCUCCCUCCUCCCUCUCUCUCUCCUCGGCUCUCUGCUGAAUCUUAUUGAUCCAGAAGGUGGCUAAUUAGCCCUUCCCGUCGUGCCUGUGUAAUGAAGCACAUGCGCACUGAAUUAAUCACAGCCAUUUUUUUUUAGCAGGAAACUAAUUAGCAGGAAUAAAGAUCCAAAGAGUUUUUUUCUUUUCAAUCAUCAGAUCUCACUUUCACCUCUUCCUCUCUCCCUCUAACACAAGACUCAUCGCCUGCUUUGCAUCCAAAUUAUUUUUAUAUUGCCUUUACAACUAAUACUCCGGUUUUUUACUCUCCGCAACAACAAUGAUCUUUCUUUUACCAUCAUCCUAAACGCAAACUGACCAAAAGGGACUGCCUUGAUGGGAUCUUUAGCCAAAGCGUCUCAAUACUGGAUUAAAAAGCAAGGAUCUCAAAGCGGCAGCCAAACAUUAGGAAUGUGGCUUCUCUUCCAGGAUCUGACCUUUGACCCUGUUCUGACACAUGGCUGAGAUUCUCUAAGCUGCACUAACAGCUUUCUCUCACUCCUUUCCAGCCUCUCAUUCAGGCCUGGAUGCGAUGAACGCCUCAUGUAGGCAUCAGCAUGGAAAGCUGUGAGUCUCCCGUGGUUUCUGGGACAGACGAUGGGCUUGGCUCUUCCGCCACCUCCCAGCAGCAUCACCAUCCACAACCCUGGAACGAUCAUCCUAACGGACAGGUCCCACCUUGCAACCAGCCCCCUUCCUUAGAGCCCCUGUCUCUCUCUGCACCCCAUUCAGCCCAGCUCCAGAAACCCAGCACACCCUGUGAGGCUGUAAGAGAACAGAAGCAGCAAACACUGUCACAGGUUCACAGAGAUAAUUCCACUACCAGACGGCUGCACCCCAAAAGAGAGGCGUUAGAGGAGGAGGAGCAGGAGGGAGUUAGCUGUGGAGAAGAGGACGAAGACUUGGAAGAAUUGGAUGAAAUGGAGAUUGACAGCUGUUUCCCUAGUCUGCAGCCAUUCCCUGGUGUACCUAUGGUGCCAAGUGGAGGGGGCAUGCCCAUGCUCAUGCGGCAACAGCCCUCCCAUCGGAGGGGAGCCGAGAGUGGUAGCGAAGAAGGAGAGGAAGAGGAGGAAGAGGAGAGUAGUGAUGUGGAAAACCUGGCUGGAGAGAUAGUCUACCAGCCUGAUGGCUCUGCCUACAUUGUGGAGAGUCUCAGCCAGCUGAUCCAAAGCGAUGGGAGCAUGGAACCAGGUCUGCUCCCCUCAAAAUCUCUCCCCAGUGGGGGAAAACCAGGGGAACCUGCGGGGACCUCUUCUUCGGUGUACCCUCAGAUCAUCAACACGUUUCAUAUAGCCUCGUCUUUUGGAAAAUGGUUCGGCUCCUCAGACCAAGGUUUCCCCAAUACCUCAACCCUGGCAGGCUUCAGUCCUGUCCUGCACAGUUUCCGCGUCUUUGAUGUGCGGCACAAAAGCAACAAGGAUUACCUGAACAGCGAUGGGUCUGCCAAGAAGUCCUGCGUAUCCAAAGAUGUUCCCAACAACGUGGAUUUCUCCAAAUUUGACGGCCUGGCCCUUUAUGGCAAAGGCAAGCCCAUCCUCAUGUGUUUCCUCUGCAAGUUGUCUUUCGGCUGCGCACGCUCCUUUGUCACUCAUGCAGUCCAUGACCAUCGCAUGACCCUGUGUGAGGAUGAGCGCAGACUCUUAGGCCACAAACAUGCAUCGGCGAUUAUACAGGGCAUUGGGAAAGACAAAGAACCACUCAUUAGCUUCCUAGAACCAAAAAAUAAAAACUCUCCUCCACCGCCUACCCUGGUACCCAUGAACUCAGGCCAGAGCUUCUACGGCACGUUCAGUGGGGUUCAUUUAGAAGGGGGCAGCAGUAGUGAGGGAGGUGAGAGCCUCCUCAACAAAGGCUCUGACUCGGGUCUUCAGCAACAAGCCCUCCUCACGUUGGGUGGUCUUGGCAGCACCAAGCCCUCCCUUACCUCAACCCCAGGCCCAGCCAAAGACUCCAACACUCUGUCCAAGCAGGGUAGGAGAACAGAGGGGUCUGUGGGGAAAGAGGGGACUCAUAGAGGGGAGGAUGGGGAUGCAGAAACCUGUGAAAGAAAGGCUGUCCUUCACGGUGAGGAGAUGGCCUCGGAGGAAGAGGAUGAGCUUCUUUUAGAAGAAGAGGAUGAAGAGGUAGAGGAUGAAGGCACUGCGGUGGCCUGUAGUGGAAGUAGCAGCAGCAGUGGUGGAUUUGUAGGGGAAACGGCUGUCUCAAACCAAAGCAUCUCCAGAUCUCCUUUAUUAAUGCCUAAUAGCGCUCUCCAGCCUUCUGCUUGUCUCUCUGCAGCCAGCCCUGCACUCAGCAGCAAAGCCUCUGCUUCCAUGUCCUCCUCUUCUAUCAGAGGGUCAGAGGACGGGAUGGCUGCAGACGUUGGAGGGAGAACUUCAGAUCUCUCUCUGAGCUUUAACUGCCAGGGGUCUACACUCCCCGCGGCAAUGGCAGCAGUCGCCGGCAGAGGGGGCGAAGAGGAUGGGGCUGCAUGUUCUUCUGUGAGCACGUCCUCCCCUCUUGCGUCCAAUGCUUCUGCUGAGGAAAGUGCCAAUCGAGAUAGUGCCACAGCUCCUGAACCAAAUGAAUGCCCAGCAGAAGGAGAUGAGGACAACAGUGCCCUCCUCCACCACCACCACCACCUUCACCACCAUCACCACCACACGCACCCUUCACCCAAUGCUCACAUGCACCUCCAUCACACAACUGCUUGUGACAUGUCAGGAAUGAGUGAGUGCACCCAGAACCAUGGGGCUGGGGGCAGUGGAGGGAGUGGAGUGGAGUGCCCAAAGUGCGACACUGUUUUAGGCUCCUCUCGCUCAUUGGGUGGCCAUAUGACCAUGAUGCACUCACGGAAUUCGUGCAAGACACUGAAGUGUCCCAAGUGCAACUGGCACUACAAAUACCAGCAGACCUUGGAGGCCCACAUGAAGGAGAAGCACCCUGACUCUGGAAGCUCCUGUGUGUACUGCAGCAAUGGACAGAGUCACCCUCGCCUUGCCCGUGGGGAGAGCUACAAUUGUGGUUACAAGCCCUUCCGCUGUGAGGUCUGCAACUAUUCCACUACCACCAAAGGCAACCUAAGCAUUCAUAUGCAGUCUGACAAACAUCUUAACAACAUGCAGACGUUACAAAAUGGAGGAACUAUUCCAACCGCUGGUGAACAGGUGUUUGGGCAUGCACCUGGAGGGGUGGUGCCUGUUUCUUCUGCUACCCAGGCCAGCAGCCAUCAUCCUAGUCACCACCAUCAUCCUGCCCAGUCCUCCACCCACAUGGCAGGGCCCUGUGGUGCCCCUUCACCCACCAAGCCAAAAAGCAAGCCCACCUGGCGGUGUGAAGUGUGCGACUAUGAGACCAAUGUAGCACGUAACCUGCGCAUCCACAUGACGAGUGAGAAACACAUGCACAACAUGAUGCUGCUUCAGCAGAACAUGACCCAAAUGCAGCAUGGUCGGCUUGGUCUAGGCGCCAUGCCUUCACCCUCAGAGGCUGAGCUGUACCAAUACUACUUGACCCAAAACAUGAGCCUGCCACCAGGCCUUAAGAUGGACCCAUCUGGAGCUGAUGCCCAGUUCUUGCUUGGAGGUUUUCAUCUGGACCCCAACAUGGCGGCUCUGGCCCCAGCACUAGUUGGAGGGGACAUGGCAAUGGAUGUACGCCUGGGUGGGGGACAGCUGGUCUCAGAGGAGCUGAUGACCUUGGGUGAAAGCCUAUCCCAGAACACCGACCCUUCCCUCAAACUCUUCCAGUGCGCCGUGUGCAACCGCUUCACUACCGACAACCUGGACGUGCUGGGCCUGCACAUGAGCGCCGAGCGCCUGCUCCCAGAGGAGGAGUGGAGAGCGGUGGUGGGUGACUCGCACCAGUGCAAGCUAUGCCACUACACCACACAGCUCAAGGCCAACUUUCAGCUGCACUGCAAGACUGACAAACAUGUGCAGAAGUAUCAGCUGGUGGCACACAUCAAGGAGGGCGGCAAGGGCAAUGAGUGGCGCCUCAAGUGUGUGGCCAUUGGCAACCCUGUGCACCUCAAAUGCAAUGCCUGCGACUACUAUACCAACAGCCUGGAAAAACUGAGGAUGCACACGGUCAACUCUCGCCAUGAGGCCAGUCUCAAGCUGUACAAGCAUUUGCAGCAGCACGAGAACGCUGUGGAGGGCGAGUCGUGCUACUACCACUGUGUCCUGUGUAACUACUCCACAAAGGCCAAGUUGAACCUCAUCCAACACGUCCGUUCCAUGAAGCACCAGCGCAGCGAAAGCCUGCGGAAGCUGCAGCGCCUGCAGAAGGGCUUGCCUGAGGAAGAGGAGGAAUUGAGCGCCAUCUUCACCAUUCGCAAAUGUCCUUCUGCCGACACGGGAGAGCUGAGUGAGGAUGUGGAGGCUGCCAGUGAGACCACCACAGAUCAGGAGGACCAAACCAAAGACAGAGAGAGUGGGGGGGAGAGGGAGCUCACCAAAGGGACAGCAUCUAACCAAUCGGAGAGGGAUCAGACGGAUUCCCCGGUCCCCUCCAAGCGGCCUUCUUCAAGGUCCGAGGCAGCAGAAAGCCCCCUCUCGUCGAAACGACCCAGGACCGCUGAGAAGAGCAGUGGAGAGCAGAUGUACCAGUGCCCCUACUGCAAGUUCAGCAACACAGAUCUGAACCGGCUCAGAAUGCACGUGAUGACGCAGCACUCAGUGCAGCCCAUGUUCCGCUGCCCGCUGUGCCAGGACAUGCUCAACAACAAGGUCCACCUGCAGUUCCAUCUCACUCACCUCCACAGCGUGGCACCAGACUGCGUCGACAAGCUAAUUGCCACAGUGGCAGCAUCAGAAGUACUGCCAGCAAGCAUGUUCAUACCAGUCCCUGGACCAGAGAAAGAUACUCAAACUGCACCUCAGUCCAUGGUCAACUCAAACUCUGAUGACAUUAAGAAACAAACAGAGGUGUCAGACGUUGAGCCUGAAAAAGGAGUUUGUCUGGCCUCAGACACUGCUGAAGCUCGCAAGUCUCCUCUUGAGGAACAACAGCCUGCAAGAGAUGAUUCCACCGGUUUUCUUUGCUGGAAAAAGGGCUGUAACAAAGUCUUUAAAUCCUCCAAUGCCCUUCAGAUGCACUUCAAUGAGGUCCACAAUAAAAGGCCCCAACUGCCAGUCUCUGAUCGUCAUGUCUACAAAUAUCGCUGCAACCAGUGUAGUUUGGCAUUCAAGACAAUAGAGAAACUUCAGCUGCAUUCCCAAUACCAUGUAAUCAGAGCAGCCACAAUGUGUUGUUUAUGCCAGCGCAGCUUCAGGACCCUACAGGCACUUAAGAAGCAUCUGGAGACCAGUCACUUGGAGUUGAGUGAAGCUGACAUCCAGCAGCUCUAUGGAGGUUUACUGAUGAAUGGAGACCUAAUGAUUAUGGGUGAUCCCUCACUUGGAGAGGACCAGGGAGCUCUUCUUGAUGAUGAGAAAGAAGGAGAUGACAGUGACCCAGAGGAAAAGCAAAGCCCAACUGGCAGUGACUCUGGAUCUUUGCUAGAAGAUUCUGGAUCUGAACCCAAACGAGCCCUGCCAUUUAGGAAAGGCCCCAACUUUACUAUGGAGAAGUUUCUAGAUCCGUCCCGUCCUUUCAAGUGUACAGUCUGCAAAGAGUCAUUUACCCAAAAGAAUAUUCUUCUUGUACACUACAACUCUGUGUCUCACUUACACAAAGUCAAAAGGGCUCUACAGGAAUCCACCACUGGUCAGCCAGAGCCUACCAGCAGCCCUGAUAAUAAACCCUUCAAGUGCAGCACUUGCAAUGUAGCAUACAGCCAGAGCUCUACACUGGAGAUUCAUAUGCGCUCUGUUCUUCAUCAAACCAAGGCCAGGGCAGCAAAGCUUGAAGCAGCUGGCGGCACUUCUAGUGCUGUUAGCAGUAGUGGCCCAAGCGUAAGCACUUCCAAUAGCACUUCAACCCAAAGCCCUAUUCCAGCCACUAACUCAACUACCAGCUCCAGCAACAGGAGCAGCUCUCCAGCUGGAGCUCAGACAACACAAAGCAUCAUGGGAGGUAAUCAUCUGUCAAGUCAUUCUCACAAUGUAGAGAAUUUGGGUAACUCAGCCUGUCAUCCCUCUCCCUCUGAGAAUCAUGAAGUGAAAAAGAAGAAAUUUGCAGAUAUGCUAUCCUCAAGGGGUCAUCAGCAGCAGCUCCAGCAACAGCAGCAGCAGUUGGCCCAGGCUCAAGCACAGGCACAAGCUCAGUUCCAACAAGAGCUCCAGCAGGCUGCUCUCCUUCAGUCCCAGCUUUUUAACCCUCUUCUCCAGCACUUCCCUAUGACAACAGACGCUCUUCUCCCUCUUCAGCAACAGCAGCUGCUGUUUCCGUUUUACAUUCCUGGGGCAGAAUUUCAACUGAAUCCAGAAAUGAAUCCGAGCACCUCUUCAUUGAACUUGAGCGGAUCUGCUGCUUCACUGUUGGAAGAACAGAAAAACGCUGCCCAGCAGGCCCAACAGAGCUGCUUACAACAACAGCUUAUGCACCACCACCUUCAGCAACAGCACCAAUCUCAUUCCCACUCCCAAGGAUCGAGCCAAAUGGCUUUACUUCAGCAGAGUGCCCUUUCUCACCCUGUAGACAAAAAGCCAAAGCCAUCUCCUCACACUGAGAAAGAAAGAGAGCUGCCAAAGGAUAAAGAAAUUAGUGAUAAAACUGAGGAUCAUCUUCCAAAAGAUGUGUCAGACAAGUCCAAAGAAAAGAAAGAUCCUCCUCAAGCUGUUGUAAAUGUGAACCAUGACUCUGGAUUUCCUCCUCCAAGGAUUGCCUCAGAUGCCCGAGGGAAUGCCACCAAAGCCCUACUGGAGAAUUUUGGCUUCGAGUUAGUAAUUCAGUACAAUGAGAACAAGCAAAAAGCACAAAGAAAGCCAACAGGAUCUCUGGCAGGAUGCAGUGGGCCAGCUGGUGUCACCAGAGUAGUUGACCCCAUUGAAGGAUUAGAGAAACUGGAGUGUGAGUCUUGUGGCAAGCUCUUUUCCAACAUAUUGAUUCUCAAGAGUCAUCAGGAGCAUAUCCACCAGGCUUUCUUUCCAUUCAGAUUCCUAGAGAGAUUUGCCAAAGAGUACAGGGAACAAUAUGACAAGCUGUACCCAUUGAGACCUCAGACACCCGAAGCUGCUGCACCUCCUCCACCGCCUCCACCCCCACCCCCACCUCCACCUCCCCAAAGGGUACCAACACCAAAUAUACCCGUUUCUGCUCCUACCCUGACACCACCAACUGCUCCAACUCCUCAGCCUUCAGUUUCACUGGCCCAAAUUCCAAUGCCAAUGGAUCUGCCUCUCUUCUCUCCACUUAUGAUGCAGCCCAUGUCACUCCAGUCAUUACCUUCUCAGAUUCCUUCCCAACUGCCAGCUGUGGAGCCCAGUCUGGCCACUGAUCUGGCCCAGCUCUACCAACAGCAGCUUACCCCUGCCAUGUUGCAGCAACAGAAUAAGAGACCCCGCACCCGUAUCACAGAUGACCAGCUAAGGGUGCUCCGCCAGUAUUUUGACAUCAACAACUCUCCCAACGAGGAACAAAUUAAGGAAAUGGCAGAUAAAUCAGGACUCCCCCAGAAAGUCAUCAAGCACUGGUUCCGCAAUACACUCUUUAAAGAACGACAACGCAACAAAGACUCACCUUAUAAUUUUAACAACCCUCCAAUUACAACUCUUGAAGAAACCAAAAUUGAUUCAAAGCCACCCUCCCCUGAGCCUCAAAAGCAGGAAUCAUUUGGAAAUAAGAGGUCCUCGAGGACAAGGUUCACAGACUACCAGCUGAGGGUGCUGCAAGAUUUCUUUGAUGCUAAUGCUUAUCCUAAAGAUGAUGAAUUUGAGCAGUUGUCCAAUCUUCUGAGCCUUCCAACUCGAGUCAUUGUUGUGUGGUUCCAAAAUGCCAGACAGAAAGCCCGUAAAAAUUAUGAGAACCAGGGAGAAGGAGGAAAAGAAGGUGACAGACGCGAGUUAUCCAAUGACCGAUACAUUCGUACUACCAACUUAAACUAUCAGUGCAAGAAGUGCAGCCUGGUUUUCCAACGCAUAUUUGACCUUAUUAAACAUCAAAAGAAGCUCUGUUACAAAGAUGAGGAGGAAGACGGGCAGUAUGACAGUCUAAAUGAGGACUCUGUGGAUCUCUCUCAUGAAUACUAUACUUUCUCUGGGUCAUCAGGUCAAACACCAAUGCCCUCAUCCUCAAGCCUCUGCCCUCUUCCUCCUUCAUCCUCUGCAUUCUCUCAGAUCACGUCAUCUGAAAAGGAGGAGCCUACACCAGCUAACACAUCAAACUCUUUUGAUGAAAAAUCAAAACACUCUUCAGAAACAUCAUUGGGCCAAAGAGAACAGUCAUCUUUGAAACAGGAAACCAUUCAUCCAUCUGAGACUCCACAGCAAAGACCACAAAGAGAGGAAAAGACACAUACAGCCCCAAAGAAUUCAAAGCUUUCUUCACCUUCCCUUUCCCAACAGCAACAGCAUAGUGGUCCCUCCAUUUCACAUACCAGUCAGACCUCCCAGAGUUCCCACAUGGCCCUUAAUCCUCAUUUAACCUCUGCUUCACAGCAGCAGUUGGCCCAGCAAAUGAUCCCGUACCAGUGUGAGCAGUGCAAACUUGCCUUCCCUUCAUUUGAACACUGGCAGGAACACCAGCAACUGCAUUUCCUGAGUGUCCAAAAUCAGUUCAUUCAUCCUCAGUUUUUGGAUCGCCCAAUGGACAUGUCCUUCAUGUUGUUUGAUCCUAGCAAUCCUCUGCUUGCUAGCCAGCUACUUGCAGGAGCAAUACCACAAAUGUCCAGCAACUCUGCCACCUCCCCAUCAACACCCACAUCCACUAUGAACUCCCUGAAGAGGAAGUUGGAGGAGAAGGCAGGAACUAGUCCAGGAGAAAGUGACAGCAUGAAUAGUGGAGAGGAGCCACAACGAGACAAGCGCCUCCGAACCACUAUUACACCAGAGCAACUAGAGAUUCUGUACCAGAAAUAUUUGCUUGACUCCAAUCCUACUCGUAAAAUGCUUGACCACAUUGCUCAUGAAGUGGGGCUUAAAAAACGAGUGGUACAGGUAUGGUUCCAAAACACAAGAGCCAGAGAAAGAAAAGGUCAGUUUCGGGCUGUUGGGCCGACUCAAGCACACCGCCGCUGCCCAUUUUGUCGAGCCCUAUUCAAAGCUAAAACUGCCCUCGAGGCCCAUAUUCGUUCACGCCACUGGCAUGAGGCUAAACGUGCUGGUUACAACCUAGCGCUUUCUGGUCUGCUAUCUGAACAGGAGGCCAUGCAGUUGAAGAUGGAUCCUCUGGAUAUCUCCAGCUAUGCUCAUCUUGCCCAGUCUAACAAUGAUGCACAAAGUUCAUCACUGUCACCUGUGAGCAAAAGCAUGGACUUGUCCCCCAGGGCUCUUCUGAGCCCAACAUCUAUUAAGGUUGAGGGAGCAGAGGAGUUUGAAAGCCCAACCAUUUCCUCAGUUAACACAAACUUUGAUCAAAAUAAACUUGAUAAUGAUGAUUGUUCUUCUGUGAAUACAGCCAUCACUGACACUACCACAGGUGAUGAGGCAAACAUUGACAAUGACAGUGCUGAUGCAAAGCACAGCCAUAAUAGUGGAGAUUUUCUCUCUAAGUCUGGGGGUGCAGUCUUCUCCAUUGAGAACGAUGAACAGAUGUCCUCAGGACUGGUGAGCCCUGCAACAAGCUUCUACACAAAAGACUUUGAAAAUGAAAAUAUAAUAGACUACAGUGAAACAUCUAGCCUGGCCGACCCUUGUUCUCCAAGUCCCGGGGCCUCUGGAAGCAGAAGCAUUGAUAGUGGAGACAGACCUGGUCAAAAGCGCUUCCGAACACAGAUGACUAAUCUUCAGCUUAAGGUGCUCAAGUCCUGCUUCAAUGAUUAUAGGACUCCAACCAUGCUGGAGUGUGAGGUACUUGGCAAUGACAUUGGACUUCCGAAGAGAGUUGUUCAGGUCUGGUUUCAAAAUGCUCGUGCUAAGGAAAAGAAGGCAAAGCUCAGCAUGGCUAAGCACUUUGGUAUUAACCAGACUUCUUACGAAGGACCUAAGACAGAAUGUUCUUUGUGUGGUGUUAAAUACAGUGCUCGCCUCUCAGUGCGAGACCACAUCUUUUCCCAGCAACACAUCUCCAAAGUAAAGGAUACCAUUGGAAGUCAACUCGAUAAAGAGAAAGAGUACUUCGAUCCAGCAACGGUUCGUCAGCUGAUGGCACAGCAGGAGAUGGACCGUAUUAAGAAAGCAAAUGAGGUCCUGGGACUAGCACAACAACAAGCCAUGCAGCAACAAGGGAUGUUUGACACACCUGCCUUGCAAGCCUUGAACCUUCAGUCAGGUUACCCAAAUCUACAGGGGAUCCCCUCUGUUCUCCUGCCAGGUGUUGGUGGUCCCUCCAUACCAGGCUUUAACUCAUCCAACUCAGCUUUAACCCCUCCGAAACCUCCGAACCUCCUGAACAUGCCUGGUGCCAGUGUACCCUCACCUAGUCUCCCCACAUCUGGUUUACCCAACAAGACCCCUUCCUCCUCUUCAUUGGCCUCGCCCAGCCCAGCUCAGGCCAGCACAUCUGUCGCCCACUCGAGCCCUACCCCCACAUCUACAUCAAACUCUUUGAUGACCCAGCCAGGCCCUCGUCCUGAUGCUCCCAAAGAUCGUGAUCCUGAGAGGGGCAGGGAGAAAGAGAAACCAAAGGAGAAGGCUGAGAAGCCCCCCACACCAUCCUCAGCUGGGGGUACUCCCACUCCCUCCACUUCUGCUGCCAGUGCCAAGAAAGAAAAACCAGACACUGCUGUUCCGGCCACCUCGAUGCCAAUACCUGGCAUGGAGUAUGUGGUCGAUACUGCCCAACUUCAAGCUCUACAAGCAGCUUUAGCUUCAGAUCCAACAGCUCUGCUAACAAGUCAGUUCCUGCCCUACUUUAUGCCUGGCUUCUCUCCAUAUUAUGCCCCUCAGAUACCAGGUGCUCUUCAAGGUGGAUAUCUUCAGCCCAUGUAUGGCAUGGAAAGUCUUUUCCCCUACAACCCAGCUUUAUCACAGGCCCUGAUGGGGCUGUCACCAGGUUCUUUGCUUCAACAUUACCAGCAAUAUCAGCAGAGCCUGCAGGAGGCGCUUCAGCAGCAGCAGCGACAGAUUCAGCAGAUCCAGCAACCCAAAGCAAGCCAAACGUCACAAAACUCGGUGGAUCGUAAGGACUCUGCCAAAGAUCCAGGAAAAACAGAGGAGCAAAAGAGCAAUUCCUCAGUCGAAACCUCUUCCACUCACAACAACCUAGCCACUGAGCAGCAUGAAGUGGAUGGCAAAGGUGCAGACCCCCAUCUUGAUCAAUAUAUCGUCCCCAAAGUUCAGUAUCGGCUGGCGUGCCGCAAGUGUCAAGCUGUCUUCAGUAAGGAGGAAGCGGCUAUCAGCCACCUCAAGUCAAUUUGUUUUUUUGGUCAGUCUGUGGCAAACCUGCAAGAGAUGUUGCUUCGGGUCCCUAACAGUGGGAAUUCAGCAAAAGGUGGCCUCUACGACUGCCUUGCCUGUGACACAACAAUAGAAGGGGACAAAGCGCUCAGUCAACACCUGGAUUCAGCCUUGCACAAACACAGAACAAUCAAGAGAUCCAGAAAUGCCAAAGAGCACGCUACUAAUUUAUUACCUCACUCUUCAGCCUGCUUCCCCAGUCCUAACACCGCAUCUACCUCGCAGUCUGCCACUCACUCAAACAACACCCCAUCCCCUCCGCCAACAGCGUCAGCCACCACACCGUCCUCAUCAGCGUCUGCAUCUUCAUGCACCUCCUCCUCCUUCACAGCCACUCCACUCAACACAACAGCUACAGGCAAAUCAUGGUCCCAGACCCCUUUCUCCAGAGCUUUAGCUGGGAAGCCCAAUACCCCUUCAUCUGCAUUGUCUUCUUUUCCUUCAGUUUCCUCUCCUUCAACGGUUACCUCAAGUUCAUUGAGCACCUCAGGGGUCCAGACCUCGAUACCAACAGACGUCUUUACCGACGAGUCUGAUUCUGACAGCAGUCAGAAGUCAGCAGACAGGCUGGGCAGGCCAGCAGAGGAGCCACAACAGCCUGGCUGUCUCAAAGACAACAGUAGUUGUAGUAGUAAUCUCGCUAGUGUAGGAUCGGACUCCAUCAGAUUGUAAAAGCUUUCAGUGAUGAACAAUAUUUAAAAAAAAAAAAAACAAGAAAAAGGAAAAAAAACACAAGACAAAAGAAAACAAAAGAAAAAAAGCAGCAAUGUUUAAAAUGUUUAAAGUAUACAAACCAAUUUCAGAAAAAGAUGUGUAAAGACUAACUGCAAUUCCAAAGCUUGUAACCAAAAAUUUAAAUGUUAGUGGAUUGUUUUCCCGUAUCAACAUGCUGGUUUUAGUUUAUUACAACUCCAUAUAUAAAUGAAUAGAGAUCACAGCAGUCAGUUUAACAGUCAGUUAUUGGUAGUGGAAUACUGUAUUGCAGUGGACUGCCUCAAAGUUGUUUGAAUGGCCCCACAAUUCUCUUUACAAAGAACGAGACAACAAGCUGUCCCUUGUUUGCAAAAGUAUUUCCGCUUAAUAGCACAGUCACAUAAAGCCAGUAUGUACUGUAUGGGAGAAUAGUCUUACAGUUUUCUUGCUAUCUAAGCAUUCAGAUACCAAUGGCUUGCUAAAGAAAAGAAAAAUAAUGUAAUGUCUAUUUUAUUCUCAGGUCAACAGCUCACAACCUUUUCUUGUGUUACAAAAAGACAAAAAGACAUUAUUUUAUUCAUUUUGUUCCAAACAAAUGAUAGACAUUUCUGUUUUUGUAUGACAUAUAUUGGCAGAAAGUAUUCAGAAAUGAUACUAACUCAACUAAAGUUUCUGGGCAUUCAGUGAGUAGCUAAAUUGAUGGUUUUAAACCUUUUUAAUUAUUAUUAUCAUUUAAUUUUUAUUUGUUUGUUUGUUUUAAUGGGAGAGUUACUAAUCCCAUUUUACCCAGACACGAAAAGCAUUGCAGACUUGGUGGGGGAAAAAGAUUUUAUUUUUUGUUUUGUUUUUUAGGAAAAAAAAACUUUCUGUAUUUAUGAUAGAUAUAUACAUUUUUGGUGUUCAGUAGAUUGUUGCAUUGGAAAUGAAUUUAAACAGUAUGGUAGAUUGAAAAAUCUUUGUGUACAUUUAGCUUUUGUAUCGUCCAACUUUAAGGCGCUUCAUUUGAUGUUGUCUUGGUCAUUCCAAUAGACUAGAUUAUUAAGGAGCAGGAAACGAUCUCUACUCUAUUUCUGUCCAAUUCUCAGCUUCUUGUUUUUGUUCUCCCAGCUGAAUCUCUCUGUCACAAGGGGUUUCUCACCUUUGGUUGGUGCAGCAUUGACCAAAAGCGAAGAGAAAUCUGGGGUGUGUUUGAAAAUUGUUCAGUUAUAUUUGUGUUACCUUAAUGCACUUACCACUGUCUGACUUUCUCUCUCUCUCUCUCUCUUUCUUUCUUUCUAGCUAUCUAUCUGUUCCUCCUUUCUUUCCUCUUUCUGUACCCCCUGCCUUUGUAGAUGUGGAGAUAACUGCCUCUCCUUUAGCACUACAAAGCAGAUACUUGUUUCCAUGUAAUGUGGCUGCAGUCUGCUAUAGGCUUUAUGUUCAUUUCAACUUUUGUGUUGUCAUAUAUGAAAAUGAAAAAAGAAUAAUAAUAAUAAUUCUCACGCUUUAAAACAAAAAGAAAAUCCAAAGACUUAACACUUUCACCAUUGGUGCAUAAAGAUGAGAAAAGAGGCUUCUUUAUACUUGAGAAUUUGUUGCUGUUUUUAAGGAAAGAAAACAAAGUUUUAAAAUAAAAGAAGUACGCAUCAGAGUUGCCGUUUUUGCUUCUUUGCAAGCAGACAGGUGGCUUUUUUACGUCAAAUACUAAGAAAACCAAAAAUCAAAAAGGGCCCUUGUCCUUGCAUUGUGGAGUAGCACCGUUACAGAGCCAUUGCAGUUUGUAAAAUAGAGGUUUUGUUGAAGUUUCUGUCACACAUGAAAUCCAUUCAUUCAUUUCAUUUUUUAUUUUUAUUUUUUUCUUUCUGUAAAAAAAAAAAUAUAUAUAUAUAAAAGGUCUGGUCUUUAAAGACAUAUGUUUUGCUGCUAAUGUAGGUUUGGAAAGGAAAAAUAUCUAGAUGCAUGCUCCUUUUGCUUUUUGGCUAAGCUUUAAGAAAAAAAAAGAAACAAACAAUAAACCAUUUCCCUGCCCCUGCAACAUCUUUUUUUCCCUUCUUGUUGCAAAACGGAACUUUGAAGACUGUGAAUAUAUGUUCCAAAGGACAUUUUAGCUUUUUUUCAUUUUUGAACAGACCAAUGUUAAAAGCCAAUGAUCUUUGUAAAAAAUAACAGUGCAUUCCAAAUACUACACCUGAGUUUUAAUUUCUUAAGCAAGGACUGCUUCUUUUUAUUCAAAUUGAGUCUAUAAGUCUGUUUUAUCCCAUUUCUAAGGUGACUGUAAACUGUUGUGUAACUCUGCCAUCAUGGAUUGCUGAAUAUCACCUCACCCCGAUUAUGAUGUGUUGAGAGUGAACAGAAUCCCUGCAGCCAUUAAAUGACUUUACUCGCCUGAACUAGAUCACCAAGUCAUAGUGGUUACCAAAAAUGUUCAUAAUACAACCUGUCUGGUACUUGCGCAUCUCCCUGAUCUGGUGUCAUCAUGCUUCUUGAUUUAGAACUAGUCUCAGAAUGAAAGGCUGUUCGGCAAAGCCGACUUCCCCUCCUGGAAAAGCAAGUAGGGAAUUCGUUGUCUGCAGGGUGUAAAGCCAUUUUCAUGCAGGAAAUGUCUGUUGCGGGUCUGUAAGGGACAUUUUCAUUCCAAAGCAUUAUAAGAGUGGGAAAAGCAGAAUUUGUUUUAGGUGCCCCUUGUUUUGCGUGACGACAAGGUAGAAGUGUCCAAAGAGAUCCCUCACUCCAAGUCAUUGCAAUGGAAAUGGUUGUGUUUUAGCGAGAUGGCCCCCAUCCAAUCAUAAAUGGAAUUGUUAAUUUCUUUUCCAAAUCAAGUCAUUUUUGAAAUGUGUAAAAGAUGCUUUAGAGGGGCGCAAACGUAUUUGGCUUUAGUAAUGUAUCUGCACACUUGUCCAGGUGUGUAAACAAGCAUUAUGUCUUGCAGAACAAUUUGAUUUGGUGUUAUUUGGUGUGCAUGCCAUUGAAAUUGGGUUUCUUUGAUCUGCAAGCUGAUCCACUCCUCUCAAUCCAUGAUAUCUAUAAUAUUGUUCAUAAUUAUUUUUGAGAAGUCUGAUAUUGUAUAGUUUAUUUUUGAAUGCUUUGCAUUGUUUUGGUCUCAGAUAAUAUCUUUUUGGUUAUUUUCAUAUAACUGUAUAUUUUAUUUUCCUUCAUUUUUAUCGGUGUCCAUUUAUAAAUUAAUGUUACAAUGCCAGCUUUAAAUUGAAAUCACAUCUAUUUGUUUUCUAUCAUUCUCUGGCCACUUUAUGGUGUUACAAUGUUCCUAUAUUUGUUUGUCUUGACACAGUUGUGUAUCUCUUGCUUCCAAAGUGUUCUCGUUUUUUAUAGGCUCUCGUGUGGGGCAGAAUCCCUCACAACUGUUUCAGCCAGCAUGGACUUUGUAUGUGGGAGCGCGAGCAUGUGUGUGUGCGUGUGUGUGUGUGUUUCAUAAGAGCCAGCAUCAGUCUGAGUUUUUAUACUUUGUAUUCUAUUUUCUACUUUCAUUUCGCACCAAAACAUACUGAAUGGCAAAGCUGAAUCUUCAGUAAAGGGUUUGACAAGUCUGAUGUUCAACACAAUAAUCUUGUAACGUGGCGAAAGAGGAUAUCGAAGCACUGAGCAGUUAUUAUUUUCGUUAAUUAUAUGAAUGUGGCCAAAGCUUCAUGCAGUUGAAAAAACACGAAAAACUUUAGUUGGUGCCCCUGAUGAGUGUAUAUUUAUUGUGGUUAAUCCAACAUGUGGCUGAGAUACAUCAACUCUCAUUGGGAUACUUGAUUUUAUUUUAAUUUUUUUUUUGGACAUUUUGCAAAGAGAGAACGAAAGCGACAGGUUUUGCUGUAGAGGUCAUCCUUUUGCCCACUGUGAAAAUAAACAUGUAUACAGAUAUAGAUAUAUUUAAAGAAGACAUCAACACUUUUCUUUGAAAUGACAAAGAAGGAAAUAAAGAGAAACGAACUCUGGGAAACUUGAGAGAUGUCAUUGAGAUGUCUGAGAAGGCUGUUGUUGACACACCAAAACUGGGCAUGGGAGCCAAAGGCAGGGCCGACGCGCCCCGAUAUCAAGUCAUUAUUUAACUAACACUAUAUGCCGACGGGAGUGGACUCUGCAACCAGUGGACAUACGUGACACGGAGAGGAAUUUAUCUCCUUUUUCUCUCUCUGGCUCUGCAUCUACUCGGACAUUUUCUGCACUUCUGAACGGGAUGGACACAAACACUCGCAUACGUUGUCUCCCAGUUCAUGGUGUUGCUACCUGUUUCAUUUCCUCCUGCCCGCUUCAGUGACUGACAUGUGGUUCCACUCUGGCGUGGAGUCGACCAGAUCCAUCCAACCAUAAAGAGUGACUUUACUGUUCAAGGGGAGGGGAUUUUCCUGGGUGUCAUUCCUGAGGAAGCAGAUAACCACAAAAAAAGCGAAUCAACCAAAAUUAAUAACCAAACUAACAAGCAACCAAACGAAAACAAAAAACAUUUGCUCCAGUUUCAACGAUGAACUGCUCCUGGAGCUUCCUGUUCUUUUAGUGGCUCCUGGUGCCACAGGAAUUUUGAUGCUUUUUGUGUUUCCUUUUUUUUAUUAUUUUUUCUCUUUCGUUCUCCUCAAAUUAUUCCUCCUCCUCCGAGCCUCACAAGCACGGCUCUGUGGCUCCAGGUAGCCCAUCCGAGGGUAGAACUUACAGCCUUGCAAUGUACAAAAAGAGCAAGUUAAACCAAAAAUGUUGUUCUUGAUGUCUUUUCUAUACUGUAGUCUUGUUAGCUUUUUGUUACUGUAAUUAUAUGAUGAAGAUUUCCAAACUGUACCAAAUUACAUGGAGACUAACAUACAUAAACCACAUGGAACUUCAGACUUUUAAAGAGAAACUUUUGUCACAAAAACCUUGUUGUCCUAGUUAAGUUGAUUGUAGAUGGUAAUUGAAUAUACUCCUUUGAAAAUAUUUCAUCAAGUAUGUUUCUUGCUCAUUGUGAUACAUUAAAAAGUAUGAGCAUAAAAGUU